UGUGUUUUGAAAAUGUUGGUGGUUUCCCUGAUCUUGAUUCAGGAUACCCUACCAGAAAGAAUUCACAAGAUAAGAUUUGUUAGAAUAAAAAUACAUGUUCCUUCCUCACACAGUUGUCUUACUUUUGAGAAUAAUGGAUUUUAUUAUGGCUAGUUGAUGCUGCAGAUGAUGAAAGACUGUCAUUUUGCUGGUUGAUUAUGGAUUAAUUUCAAGAUAUUUAUUUAUGAUGCUUUCUUAUUAUUUUCAAUGCAUAUUGAAUGGAAAACACAAAGCAGCAGCCUCCCCUGGUAAACGUAGUAAGUUUGAGGUAGCAAAAGCAAAUAGCUAUGAAAUAGAACUUGAAGAAAUGGAGUUGAUCUGUUUAUGAAACAGAAGAUCUUUCUGUACAAUUUUUUUUCUUUUUUUUUCUGCUGAGUAGAUUGGAAAAAAUGGCAUUUUUCAGAAACUUCCACCAAAAUCUGAGCCUUCCUUCUGUGUCUUCUCUGGUGGACACUCUUAGCAGUGCUGUAGAUGAUCUCACCAGUGUUGUUGGAGAAGUUGGCUAUAGUGUAGCUGAUUCAGUAACAGAACAGGUAACAAACAUGAUAAAUGGACUUCGUGCAGAAGAUGAGAGCUCCAAAAUGCAGAAUGAUAAACCAGCACAAGAUAGAGAAGAAAAUGCACCAUGGUUAACUGAGCCUAAGGAAAUUAAUGUUAAAGCCAAGAGGGAUAUUGCAGAACAGAAGGAGAUUCAGUAUUCCAAUUCCUUAGAAGACAGAAAUCAAGAUGGAGUAUUCAACCAUGCUGUGGGUGAAAACCAGUACCAAUUAAAAGGCAAAGAUACUAAUGAUUGCUUAGAAGAUACAGAAGUACCUUGGAAUUUUAAGAAUGUAGGAAGACCUCUUAAAAAUGAAGUAGGAGGAGGAAAUGACUAUUUUGAAAAUGAUAAGUUACUGAAGGAUAGUAGCCUGAAAAGUAAUAAAUUUACAAUGCAGGAGUCUAUUGAGAAUCAAGAUAGUUGCCUACAUACAAUACUUGAUAAUUCUAAGAAUCACUGGCAUAACAAAAUCAAGCCGUGUUCUCAUGGAAUUGAUUGUAAUGACUCUGAAGAAGUGCAUGGUAUGAAUGUUCCUCGAAAUUUAGAAACAAAAUUUGUUGAAGUACAGAAGCAAAAAUUAUCAGACUCCAGUUUGAAGAUACACAAUAAUCACCCCAGUUGCAUUAAUGAAAUCAAAGAGAAGUCUGAAGCCUUUUUUGACAGAAAAGAAAAAUCUGAAGGUGAUGCAUCACCUACUGUUGCAAAAGUAGGUAACAAGAAUUACUCAAAGAAAUCAGAAAAGAAAUCAAGAGGGCUGUGUAAUAAGAAGACAGCAGGAAAAGACAACUCUUAUAUGAGUAAAGAUCAGCAUGGUUCAUCAUCUGAGAGUGAAGAUGAAGCACUGGGUAAAUAUCAUGAGGCCUUGUCUAGAACCCAGAGUUCCAGGCUGCCAGUGGUGGAUGGCAGACAGCAAAAAAACUAUGUAUGGGAAACCAGGCAAAAGUAUAGCCCCCUGUCUGCAGAAUAUGAUGGAUACAGUAGUGAAGCCUCAAUAGAUGAAGCUAACUGCAUUCAGAGAAUGAGAAGAACGCCUCCACUGGAUGAACUGCAGCCACCUCCGUAUCAGGAUGAUAGUGGUUCUCCUCAUCUAUCAUGUACACCUUCUGAAGUUGGAGACAGUAAAUGUGAAUUUUCCCAGUGUAGCAACAGUCCAAGAUGUUCAUAUAAGUGUCCAAGUGAGGGAAGCACGGGACAUGAAAUAGAAAGCUUCCAUAACAAAGGAUAUGAAGAGGAUGUACCAAGCGAUAGUACUGCUGUCCUUAGUCCAGAGGAUAUGUCAGCUCGAGGAUCAUCUUCACAGCUUCCUAAACCUUUUGAUCCUGAGCCAGUAGCUAAAUAUGGCACACUGGAUGUGACUUUUGACUAUGACUCACAGGAACAGAAGCUUUUGGUGACAGUGACAGCUGUCACAGACAUUCCCACAUACAGCAGGACAGGUGGAAGCUCGUGGCAAGUACACCUAGUUCUUCUCCCCAUAAAGAAACAGAGAGCAAAAACCAGCAUCCAGCGGGGACCGUGCCCUGUCUUCACGGAGACAUUCAAAUUUAAUCACGUUGAGUCUGAGAUGAUUGGGAAUUAUGCAGUUCGCUUUAGACUCUACAGUGUACGUCGCAUGAAAAAGGAGAGGAUUGUGGGAGAAAAGAUUUUUCACUUAACAAAAUUGAAUCUUCAAGGGAAAAUGUCAGUGCCAGUGAUAUUGGAACCUUCUUACAGCCUGUCUGGUUGUGACUCUCAAAUGAGCAUGUCAGAAGUAUCCUGCAGUGAAAGUACCUCCUCUUGUCAGUCUCUGGUGCACGGCUCAGCUCCAGAAAUCCUCAUUGGCCUCCUUUACAAUGCUACAACUGGAAGAUUAUCAGCAGAAGUGAUAAAAGGCAGCCACUUCAAAAACUUGGCAGCAAACAGACCACCCAAUACAUAUGUUAAAUUAACACUCCUGAACUCCAUGGGGCAAGAGAUGUCCAAAUGCAAAACUUCAAUCCGACGAGGACAACCAAAUCCAAUAUACAAAGAAACCUUCGUUUUCCAAGUGGCGCUGUUUCAACUUUCGGAUGUAACGCUCAUCUUGUCUGUAUAUAAUAAGCGCAGCAUGAAACGAAAAGAGAUGAUAGGGUGGAUAUCCUUAGGUCUCAACAGCUCAGGAGAAGAUGAACUCAACCACUGGACUGAAAUGAAAGAAUCUAAAGGACAGCAAGUAUGUAGAUGGCAUACUUUACUAGAAUCUUAAUGAACUGUUCAAAGUGCAAUCGUGGUUUUAAGGGAAUUUUGUCUUUUGAGAUGAUGAUCAUUUCAAGUCACAGUCUGCAGAUUUGUUGCGGAAGUGAAAAAUGAAAAUUGAGAACAACAUUCCAUCUUAAAGAGGGCACAACCUGCAGAACAAUGGGAUUUAAUGUAUAAUCUUCACUUAGUAUCAAACACUUCGUUGGUGUCAGAGGAGCCUUGCUGUAUGCAAGUAGGUUAGCAGUCCCUCCCCCAUCCACCUGAUGCUGUAUUUGUUUGGAUUUGUUUUGUGUUUUUCAAUUCAGUAAUAUUUUAUGUGAACUUUUCCAAAUUGAUGCAAGCUCCUUAUUGUGUACUUUUUGUAAUGCUCUAAUACUGUAGCUUCUGACCUGCCUGCAAUCAGACUAAGGGUCAAUAAUUUGCACUAUGAGAAAAAGUUGAUGAUCUGUAAAGCAAAAAACAAACAAACACCAGUACCAAACAGGAAAAAAAAAAACCACCCCACACCAGGGGAGAAGAACAUUUAGUAAUACCGCAUAUAUGAAUACAGUGUUGUUUUGCACUGAGUUCCUUUCCAGGAGCUGAGUACAAUUAAGUUUUCAUUUUUGAUAUGCAGUUGGUUUGAAAAACACUAGCAUUUGGGCAUCAGGUGAACUUUGACAUAAAUGUUUCUUCAGUAUGUGACAGGAACGAGCUCUAUCUAUGGCAUAAAUUGGGUUUUUCCCCUUUGCCUGUACUUCUGCCUAAUCCAAAGAGACCAGAUCAGUAGUUUGGUCCCUUCCAAAUCUCCUUAGACAGGUUGUACUGUAAAACUAUGUAACUUUCUGUUGAAAGCACCUUCUGUGUUCAUGUAUUCCAAUGUAGGAAGCUCACAGAGCAUGAUUUUACUAAAAUAUUUUUGUGUUAAACAAAUCGAUAUGGGUUUCUUUAAAAUGUCAGCAGUUAGAAGCUAGGUUUGAAAGACUGAAGAUAGCGGCAGCAGCUGAACAACACAGAACGAAGGAAAUAAGUUAUGACUGGUUAAAACAGACAUCUAUUUGAAACUCUUCUGAGCUGUUUUAGGAACUACUCAAUGCUGUUUGUUGGAAAUACAGAGCAGACCAGGAGUUUUUUUACCUUUCUUCUUAGAGAAGACAGCAUUAGUGAGUUUUUGGUUUUUUGUUUUUCUUUUUAGGGAUUUGCCAGCUAUUGAAUGAAUUUUCAUGCCCAAAAUAGAAAUUUUUAUUGUUUAUGUUCAGGUUGGGAGGCACAGCUUUCUAACAACACAGUAGAGAAGCCACAGUAUCACAAGGAAGUUCUCUAUCAGAUAAACACUUCUGGCUUCUACUGAAAUUAGGAAAAUGACUGUGUGUCCAAGACUCCAGUUUGUUCCAAAUAUUUUAGAGGGAAUCACACUAAUUGUCUGACUGCUGAAACCAAUUCAGAUUAGUGAAAUUGUCAAUUAUUGAGUAAUUAUUGUUUUUAAAAGCUUCCCAAUUCAAAUAUUCUAAUUGUCUGUAGUGAUGUUUCAUUUGCUUUUGUUACCGCAAAGAAAGCAAGCAUAUUUGUUUUCUUAUAAAUGAUGUUGAUGUCUUACUAGUAUGAAACCUCACAGACUGUUUUAACACAUGGUAGGUAAAGAGUGAAGUUUAGGAUUUUUGUUGAGAGAAUUAGUGGUAGCCUAGAGCGUUCUGAUUAGGACUUUUUUUUUCUUUUUAAGUUGAAUUUAUUUGUAAUACCUUUGAACAAUCCUGGCUUUAGGAUAUACAGUCAAGUAUAGUGAGAUUGGAGACAGCAACUAUAGUGUAAGAUAUUUCAUCUAGUUCUCAAAUUCUCCCACUAGUUAACAAUUUCACUAGGGCCUUUCUAAGGGUACUGUAAUUCCGCUUAGUUUAUUUGGUGCCUUCUGAUGGGUUUAUUUGCAGUGCCGGGUUUUCUGGUUUUAAAGAUUUAAGAUUUAAAUAUUAGCAGGCCUUUUUUUUUUAAUCUUAUAUUGCACUGCUGCUUAUUUAUGGAAGAUUUAUUUACUACAUAGAAAUAAUCCAAAAACUCUUGAACUUGGAAAGAUCUUGCAGUGCUACAAUACAGUUUGUUUCUUCUAGUCCUUGUUGUUCUUCAAUUUGUGAAGUGCAGUGUUGAGUAUAGCCUUUAAUUAAAAAAAAACAAAUGUUAAUUUUAUAUGCAUAAGGAAAUUGCUCAGAUUUUUCCCAAUCCUUUUCUCUUUCCUGCAAUAGAAAUUCUGACUUAAAAGCUGAUCAAAAGCAAUUUUUCAAUGGACAUGGAACCAUUUUCACUCAUUCUGUUUGUGGAUAUUCUGAUGCUUUUUUUCCUGAAGCUGAAAUGUAUCUCUUAAUGAUUGUCUCUUUGAACAGGUUUUGCUUUAUAAAAUAAUGUAUAGUAUUUAACAGCAGAAAUGGAAGAAGUUGAUUCUAAUGGAGGAUAUAUUUAAUGUUGCCACUGAACAAAUGAAGAAGCCAGUUUGGAAGGUGCAGCAUAUGACCUCUUACAGAAUCCAAAUUAAACCAGCCACGUCGUGACUUGGGUUUCUGUCUGUAGGUUGCAUUGUUUCAGUUUUACAUGUAAUCAGUCAGAUUAGAUUUCUAAGAUACUGAAUCCUUGAUUUAGACACAGCAGAGAUUUAUAGUAAUCUCUGUUGGACACACUUGGGAAAAGGAAUCUCUUUCCAGAUUAUGUGACUCUUCUCAUGGUAUCUAGUUCCAGUUUGUGCUUCACAGAGGAAAGUUUGGUUAAUUUGGGUUUAUUCACUGAAGGCUGGAAACUGUAAAGAAUGGAAAUGAAUAUAUAAUUUUCAAGUGGUAGAAUAUUGAUUUUUCCGUGUAAAACCAGUCACAGCAAUAAUUGGAUUCACCCUGGCAUUUUUACAAAUUAGUUACAGUGUCAGUGGCUGUCACGUUGUUCUUUCUUCAUAGAUGCCAUUCUUAUGCUUUGUUUGUCAUUUUGUUCAUCUGGUUGUUUUAAGUGAACCAAUACUUUCCCAUUUGAAAUCUGCCUUGGAUAUGUAAGACCCUGCAUAGGGGUUUAUUCAUAUACUGUGUUUAUGUGCAUUCAGCUAAGUCUCAAGCGUGGAAGAGAAUUUCUAAAGAACAAAGUGUUCAAAACAAAUUAGAAACGGGCAUUUGUGUUUUUCUCAGAUUUGUCUGUGUCCUUCAUAGCUUUUUAUUGCUUAUCUUUAUUCAAAAGUACAACUGGUACUUGGAAGAGUUUACCAAAUUGUCUAAUUGCUUUUCUGUUUGUCAAUAUAUUACAUAGAGAUGAAAACUCUUGAAUGGAAUAUUUCCUGCCAGCAAAGGUUUAAGUGUAGAAUAGUGAAGUUUUUACAGGCUCUAUUCUUGAAAAUAUUCCAUCCUUUUUGCAUAUAAUCUAACUAUUUUGGUGUUUAGAAUAUUUCACAUAGAUCUUCUCAAAGGUAAACUCUUCCUGAAGAUAAUAAAUAUGGGAGAAGAUGGGUUAGUUCCUUUCAAAAUCUGCGGUAUGGGCAAGAUUGCAAUCUGUACAGAAGUGUGAAAUCACUGUUCAAGAGGAUGAGAGAGGACUUGCAGUCCCUGUAGGACAUUGCUGUCUCCCACAUAUUCGGAGACAUGGAGUAAGCAGAGCCAUGCUUUCACUCCCUACUCAGGGGGUAACGCUGGUGAGAUUCAAAGGUUGGUACUGUGGUGCUGCUUCAGGGUCAGCUACGCUGUAACUACACAUUGAGUCUGACAGCAAAGGCAGGAGCCAGGCUAGGUGUAAGUUCUGCUAUUGGAGAAACGUGAUGUAAUUUUUCAAUCCAGUUACAUUUGCAAUCCUCUAAUCUAAUUAAUAAUUAGAUUACAAAAUAAGGUGAGCCUUUGGGGUUAAUGUAUUUGCUUUUAUUGGAGGUAAAGGUUAUUUAUCAGUGUAGAGAAUACUGAAGCUGAAAACUGUUUGGGUUUGGGUUUGUUUUUUUUUUUUUUGUCAUUUGCUCUAGGAAAUAUUUUCACCUAUAAAUUCUUGCAACUGUUCUGAUGCAAAUGCAGUGCUUUUUCAGAGUUUUGAAGCAAUGUUUUUGUUGUAUAAAAGUUGUUUGUGUUACUGAUUUAUUCUCUUUACUCCCUAAUGAUUUGCUCCUGCUUCGAGCACCUUGAGAAGCUGUCCGUGGCAGUCAGUGCAGCUUAGAAGUCAAAGGCACCCUGCACUCUUACCGUAACGUAAUGGUGCAAAAUCCUGUGAUCUGUCCAACUCUCUAAGUUUUCUGAAAUGUAAAUCAUCAGUUCUAAUAUGAUGAAGCAGAAGACAAGACAAAAACGUUUUUUCAUGGAGACUUUUUAAUGUAUGAAUUGAAUACAGAUUGCUCUUAACAUGUAUGAAUUCUAACAAAAAGUCUGUGCUAAAAUAAGAGAAUGAUGUUUGAUGGGAAACUUCUUAGUCUGAGCUGUUCCAGCUUGAAACUAACAGCACAAUGCUUUUUCACUUAUCCAGGAGUUGUGCUGAGCCUUUUUUCAUCACACUUUUCUGUAUGGAAAAAAAAAAGCUAUCUUGUCUAAAGCAGGCUUUAAUAUUACAGCUUGUCAGUUGCAAGGCAGAUUGACUUCAUCCUUAAGCUGAAUACUCAGUAGCAAUUCAACAUUCAUUUAAUUCUCUCACAGAUGUGCAUGUAUACCUGCCGCUAACAUCAGUGAGAGGAACCUAUGGGAUCAUCAGGAGAGAAGACCUGACCCUGAAAGUGUUACGUGUGAUAUGAUCAGUAGAUUAGAAAAGUGAUACAGCAUGGCACCUGCAGCACAGGCAGAUGAGAUUCCAGUGAUGAAUAGAAAAACAAAUAUCAAGGUACCACCACAAACUCAUUAUUUAGUCCUUUACAUAUCUCUUAUUUUUGUUUCUUCUUUUCUUAUGGAUAUGGAAUAUCUUAAAAACUUAAUAGUAAAAAUGUUAAAGCAAUCACCAAACAUCUUGAUUGCUUGCGCUGGAAUAUUCAGCAAAGUUUAUUGUUAGAACAAGCUGUCAAUAAUUUUCUAUUUUGUUGGUCUACUUAAUGAGUAGCCAGAUCUUUUAGUUUAUCGCAGCUGUGUUUCAGACUACUUUGUUCUGGUAGUAAUUUUUCAGGGGAAAGUCACUGGAGCAUUUGUUUCAGUGAAAUGAUGCCUGAUGAAGAGACGUCAUCUGAGAGUGAAAGCAUUAAAAUAAGAAAUGGCUUUCACAAAGUGGUAGACUCCAAUUCCAUCUGUGGAGCCUUGUGGUCCUUGGAGGGUCCUUCUCAUAGAAAGUGUCAUGUGCAUUGUAGAAGCGUAUACAUGCAAAUCUGCACAUGCUGCUCUUUGUGCGAUCCCCAGGGCUUUUAACCUAGCAUAUUUUACAGAGAAGAGUAGGUAAGUAGAUAGUGUUUAUGUGCAGGGUGAGUACAAACUGGCCUACAGUGAUGUGGAUUAGUUUAGCCUUAAGAACUUACCACUGCCCCUCCUUAAGUUCAAGCAGGGUUUCUUCCUUUCUGCAGACUAUGCAGAAAUCUUCAGCACUUAAUGUAUUUGUUUGUGUUAUGCCUACCUGAAUAUGGCACAACUAUUCUAAUGUUAGCAAGCUUAGUGCAUAUUUGACAUGGUGUGUCUGAACUAAUAGUUGGUCUGAUACUUCUUGGACCAGGUUUUGCUUGUAUAACAUAGAAUAAAAUCUGUACAGGGAGGAAUGGGCAGGAUUUAGGGAAGUGGAUAGUAUUGCUGCUUUAGGGAUGAAGUCCAAGAAACAGCUAAGCCCAGGAAUUGGGCAGUCAUUCGCUUCUUGGAAGCAUCUGCUGAUAGAGUGGGUACAGUCCUGCCAAAAGCUGCCCAUCUCUGAGGAUAAUGCUCAGGAGAGCAGAAGCAGUAAUGCCAUGCUACAUGGAAUACCUCGUGGACAUUCAGGGAUGUAAUUGAUGUCAUCCUCUUUCUCUUAAAUGUGAGGAGUCUCGCCCAUUGUACCAAGUUAAUUCCUUUGCUGCAUUUUGCAAAUUCUAUGGGCAGUCACUGCAUGCCUGGGGUUUAAAAUGGAUUGCUUUAUAACUUUUAAUUCAUUUUCAAAGCAUGAUUUUGAAUUUUCAGGAUUAAGCAGAAGCAUUAUCAUAGCUUUAAGAUGUAAGGUAAUUUCUUGGCCAUAAUGCAAGCAAAGGGCAGGGCUUUGAACAAGUUUUGAUAGGAAAUUUUGCAAAUGGCUUAUUGUGAUAUUUUAAGAAAAUUUCUAAGCAGUUGAAUGUAUUAGGGAAUAUUUACAAAAAAAAAAGAAGGAAAAAAAAGGAAAUAGAGUGAUGAUCUUUUUUUACUACACAGCUAAUUUGCUGUCCUUUCCAGUAAACCACAAGGUUCAUUAGUGCUCCGUACUGUUUUGUUUAUGAUGAUAACUGUUUUUAAUGUGAUUUUCCUGAUAAAGUGUAAUUAGUGAAACCUUUUAUUCAAUUUUUCCCUUUCUUUGCUUUUUUUAAGGAGAAAUUUCUCCUUAUAUAGUAUAUAUACUUUCUUACAGAGCUUUCUUACCUAUUUUUCUAUAAGAUGAUUUAACAAUCUGAAAUUAAAUGCUCUAUGAGCAAGCUAUAUCACUGUUACACAAUCUAAAGUGCUAAUAUAAUGACUAAGGGCCUGAACCUACUGCCUUUCACUCAGGUUUUGGUUUAACCACACUUCUUUCACGUUGUGUAGUACCUUUCCCCAUAAGCAGCUCCAUCUAUUUCUCUGGAGUGACUCAGAGAAAGGUACCAUUAACAUGAGUAACGGUGGUAAAACUGAGCCUCCCCUCCAUUCUUAGCGGGACAUCUGUCGUGAGUAAAGGCUGCUGGCUCUGUCCCAAAAGUGUAGUUAUAGAUUAUAGUUCCCUUGAUCUUCAGUAAUUUUGAACGUGUUUUCCGGUGACUAUAAGCUAAUAACUGAUUGUAGUGAAUACAAAUAUUGAAUUGUGCUGUUGUCAGCAAGGUAAUUAAAAUGUGCUUCACAUUUUAAUUCAUUCAUUGGGAUAUAAGGAAUUGGGUUUGUAAAGCAUUAUGUUACAUAGAGAUAGCACACAUUCACCACAUUUUUAAUAAGUAUAUGAAAUAAAUGGUAUGUAGCAUUUUCUUGCAUACUUUUAUACUGCCUGUACGCCACCGAUGCACUCGGUGCCUUGUUUCUUAUGAGACCAAUAUGUAGAGAAACUAAUGUAUCACGUGUAAGCAAUGUUACUGCAACUCAAGAGCUCUCUUAACCUGAUUAUCCCAGAAAAGGAGGUUUCCAAUAGCGGUACAGUUUGACACGAUGCAUUUCCUUGAGGCUUUCCCCUUUCCUCCCUCAUCCUGCCUUUCCAGAAACCUCCUCACACGACUGUUCGUUCCCAGCUGAUUCCUGUGUCUGAUGUAAGUCACAUGGUGUUAACCAAAGAACCAAGGCUGUUUCUAAUUCUUUGGACAAACAAUGUUUUGACUCGCCGUUAUUCAAAGACAGAAAUUACAUAAUAGAUCUUUUUGAAUAAAUAUAAAAUGAGCUUCUGUAAAUGUGACUCACAGCUGAGAAUUUGAGAUACCUCUUUUCUGACUGGCUGUGCAUUAUUGUAAUAGUAGCAAUGUGCUUGUUUUCUAUUUCUUUGUGUUUUUUAAUCAAAGCCACAUCACAAAAAUAAGUCAGUGCUGUCAAAUUAGCUUAUUUUACUCAUUUUAUACAUAGAUCUGAAAUGUGCAAUUUUGAGAACAGAUUCAGCUUUUGUCCUGGUGUUGUACAGUAACUGUCUAGCAUAUACUGGUCGUAUGGAAACAGACUCAUGCUGCAUUAUAUGUACGUUUCCUAACUGUAUCCUCAUCAUUGGAUAAUUUAUGUAAUAUAACAUGGUUUUCAACUAAUGUUUCAACUUAAAUUUCCUUGAAAUUCGGAGCAUGUAUAGCCUUAAACAUUUAAGACACCAAGCACAGUUUUAAAGGGAAGAGGUUAUAUUUCAAAUCCUGUUUAGCACAGAAAUGGAAGAAUUAUUUUUAUAUGUCAAUCAAAGAUCAUAGAAAAUGGGUAUUAUGCAGUCAUGUUACCAACCAUGCUCCUAAUUAUAUGCUUUCAUAAAAAGCAUUUUGGCUGAACUUUUUAGACAUGAAACAUCAGUGCUCAUUUUCCUUUUUGAAUUUGCUGAUUUUGUUGUUGUGCUUUCAUUUUUGUACAGAAUCUUGGAGUCUGUGUUUUCUCUGCUUUCAGGAUUCUCGAGCUUCUUUUCCUAUGCUGUGUUUUUAAGUUGAAUAAGCAGUAAUUACAAUUCUACAAUUUCUUUUUUUUAAUUUAUUUUGAUAGUAACAUGGAGUGAAUGACUGUUUUCAACUGUUUACGUAGCUUAUUAAAUUCUUAAGACUUUGUUCGAAUCUGUCAUUAUAACCCAGAUGAAGACAUUCCUUUCAUGGCGUCUCAGUCCCCAGCAGGUGAAAAUAGAGUUCUGGCAAUGAGUGUGUGGAUCUGCAUAUUGGGUGUCAAAUAGUGAAUCCCUGGAAGGAUUUAUAAUUAUGUGUCACACUGUAUCUACAGCAUCUCUACUCGUGUGAUGUCAGAUACUUCUUGUUUUCUUUAUUAUUAACUAGCAAAAAAACGACUUCUAUCAUUUUGUGCUAGUGUAUAUUAAACUUGAGGGUUUCCAGUGUGCAAGAUUAGUUAGUGUUUUCAGCAUUAUUUCUGUAAAAAAAUAAUAAUAAUAACAACAAAGCUGGUCUUUCAAUGUAUGCAUUCCACUACUAUUCUGAUUUUUGGCAAGAGGCAAAAUGUCACCAGCCAUUUGUCAUUGUAUUUACCUGUACAGCACAGGUAACUUUAAUUCCGUGUUGGUUUGAUGAAAACAUGCUACGGUAUACUUUCAGACUGUGGAUCUGUCACAUUAAAAUAGUCAUUUUGCAUACCUGAA